AUGAAUGAACAUCUCAUGAUUAUGUUCUACGAUCUUCUGUUGCUGGACGACACGGUCUGCGCUAGAAAAAGCCAUGCUAAGCGGCGACGACUACUUCGGUCUCUGGUUCGCCGGAUCCCUGGUCUUGCCGAGGUCGGGUUCCGCGAAGUGGUUGCAUUCUCCUCAGCCAAUGCUGCUGAGCGGCUCACUGAACUAUUCGCACGAGCCAUUACACAACGGUGGGAGGGACUGGUGCUGAAAGGUUGCAACGACCCUUACUUCACCUCCGAUUGCGACAAGUCAUCCAUCAAACUCAAGAAAGACUACAUUCCAGGCCUCGGUGACUCUGCCGACUUCACUAUUGUCGGUGGCAACCAUAGCGCGGAGGACGAACAAGAGAUUGGAAUUGGCAAGCUCUGGUGGACGUCGUUUUUUAUCGGAUGCAUGGAAAAUAAAGAUGAGGUCUGCCGUUAUAAUUCUAAGCCAAGACUUCGCAUCAUCGACAUCAUCGACAAACAUGGCAUCCCGAAAGACCAUAUGCAAUAUCUCAACCGACAUGGAUAUUUCACACAAAUACCCUUCAUUGAGUCCACGCCAAAUUUUGACGUGGUCUUGGACCCGACCGUGGACCACGCCCAAAGGCGUUAUUUCAGCAUCCAUUUAUAG